AUGUCGGACGAUGAAAGGCUUCCGCAGGAGCUCAAAGAAGCGGUCCUACACCAACUGUACGCCGCCGGCGAUAUCCAGUCGUUGGCGUCUUGCGCGCUGGCUCACCGAUCGCUCUAUUCGGCCAGCCAAAUUUAUCUCUUUCGUGAUAUCUCUCUCCAUGGACCACUGUCCGCUACUCGUCUGCUCCGAUCUCUGGUAGAAAAUCCCCGCCUCGGUGAGCACGUGCGUGUGCUCGGUGUCGAGGAUUCGGACGAGAUACAAUGGAUCGUUGAGUUUGAGGAGAUCGCCGGAAUAUUCAACAGCGUUCGCGCCAUCCAGGAGCUAUACUUCCACCCAUUUCCUGUUGCAUACGGCUUGCUCCCAUAUACACUACGUGGCGCGCUACUGAGGGCGAUCUCCCGGUCUUCGAUGCGGGUAUUCAGCCUUGCAUGUGUCAUAAACCUGCCUUGGAUCAUUUUCGCCGACAUGCCUCGACUUUGGGAUCUACGGCUAUCAGACGUUCACUUCCACGAGGAGGGCAUCGAGUUCAUUGACUGGUCGAGCUCCCCGAUCCGGUUAUAUGACCUCACCCUGGACGUGAAUGGAAUAUUUUUUGAUAACUUCGUGGAGUGUACUGUACCUACGUCACAACGACUUUGGGGGCCGGAGAUCCUUCCAAAAAAGGGCCUCUGGUUGCCUCCCUUGCGGAAUGUCACACCUGAGGGGCGGUUGCUUCCAUACACCUUGAGCCUGCUCAUGUACGGUAUGCGAUGGCAAGUCGGCAUCCCUGACUUGAUCGCUCCAUGCGCAAAUACCUUGGAAAGCUUAGAAUUAGGCACGCUGACCGCGCUCCCCGAAGCGGAUGAACCCGAAGACUGGAAUCUACAUAUUCCUCUUCCUCGGCUGAGACUGCUGGCCCUCCGCCACGUUUCGAUUACGCGCUUCGACUCGAGGCACUGGGUUUGGCUCUCCCGCUUGCUUGCCGAUGCACCGAACGUCACGCAUAUCGCCGUGGAGGUCCAGCGGCCGAUCCCUCGACUGUUCUGCUUGACCGUCUUGAUUGAACGGCUGGCAAAAGUGCUAGUCGGCAAUCACGCUACCCCCUCUCUUAAAUCACUCAGGAUCAUAUCCCGGAGCCUACAUGACGCGUCGUAUGAAUAUGAUCAGCAGGAUCUGGAGGAUCUGGAAUGGACGCUGGAUGUCUUCCGAUCAAACGCCGUGGAUGUGAAGAUUACCAGGUCGUUGUCGCAUGGCCUCGUCCAACCACCGCUGCUCUCCCUAGAUCUACUGAACGAGUAACUAUGAUUGUCUCUUGAUUCGCUGCCUGAAAUGAGUAUUUCUCAGCAGGAGGUAGAUUGGGCUUCUGAAUCUGUACUCGCGAUAGAGGCGAUUAUCUCAAUUCCCUUGCGACGUGCUGUAUGGCCAAUUUC